CAUACGAGCCACACAUUCCUUCAUUCUCACUCUCAUUCCCUCCCUGCAAAUUUCCACAAUAAAACAUCAACUCAUUUCUGAAUAUAAAUCUUUUCAACUUCAAAGGAAUAUAUCGAUAGUUAUCUACAAGAAGCAGGAAGCUUUAUAUCGACAGAUUUAUUGUUUCGAAAGAAAGUCUUACGGUUAAUUUAGAGUAACGCUAGUGACGUAUAUGUCAUGCUAUUUCUUUUAAACGAAGAAAGCUAAAUGAUGGCUACGACUGCAGUAGCUGGAUUACGUGCAGGGGAAAGGCUAUUGGGUUCAUCUACUUACUACUCGGAUGUAAGUGAAAAGCUUUCAAGUAGUAAUAGUAGUGAUCUCGGAUUCAUACUUCUCCCUGCUAAGAAUGUGAUUACUGCAAAAAAGUCAUCCAACUAUGGCCGUGGGUUCAUAUCAGAUCGACAUAACCAAGACAAGCAUUACAUAAGAGCUCUUAAGGAACAUGUGGAUGCUGUUUCUGACCCGUCCAUGAUAGACCAAUGGGUUCAUGGUUAUGACCACUUGGAACCCGAAGGGUCUGAUCAAGAGUUUUCAGUUGAAGCAUUACUUUUGUUACAAAAGUCUUUGUUAGAAAAGCAGUGGAAUCUUUCAACCGAGAAAACAUUGACUACACAUAAUCCGAUGGAGAAAAGCAGCAAAAAGGUAUAUGUCAGUGGUUCAGGGAAGUCUGCUCGUAGGCGUAGAAUAGACUCUCAGAGGACUACACCAAAUAGACGAUCUUCUUGUAAUGAAGUUGGUGUGAAAAAGCCUCUGAAGUUUGUCAUCAGUCCAGAACUGCUCCAAAACCGUUCAAGAGGAUACGUUAAAGGCAUAACAAGUGAUACAUUGCUAACUCAUACAGAGGUGGUGGUUUUAUCAAAAAAGAUCAAGAUCGGUCAACAGUUAGAAGAAAGGAAAUCGAGAUUGAAGGAAAGAUUGGGACAUGAACCCUCAGAGGAUCAACUUGCAGCAUCCCUUAAGAUUUCACGAGCUGAAUUGCAAGUUAAGCAAAUCGAGUGCAAAUUGGCAAGAGAGAAACUGGCCAUGAGCAAUGUCCGUCUAGUAAUGUCAGUUGCACAAAAAUAUGCCAGCAUGGGAGCUGAAAUUGGAGACUUAAUCCAGGGAGGUUUAAUUGGACUUCUUCGUGGGAUUGAGAAAUAUGAUUCAUCAAGGGGGUUCAAGAUUUCUACCUAUGUUUAUUGGUGGAUACGGCAGGGUGUUUCAAAAGCUUUAAUUGAAAACUCUAGAACCCUAAGGUUACCUAUCCAUAUGCACGAAAGACUGAGUGCAAUACGACAUGCCAAGGCUAAGCUUGAGGAAAAGGGAAUAACUCCAUCAAUUGAAAAAAUUGCAGAAAGUUUGAACAUGUCCACAAAGAAAGUAUUAAAUGCCACUGAGGCAAAAUGCAAAGUGUUUUCACUUGAUAGGCCAGCAUUUCCUACUUUAAAUGGUCUUCCAGUUCCAGGGGAUACCUUUCACAGCUACAUGGCGGAUGAUCACCCACAGAACGACCCUUGGCAUGGAGUAGAUCACGGGGCACUCAAGGAUGAAGUGAACAAGUUGAUGACCACCACACUAAGGGAACGGGAGAGACAGAUAAUCCGUUUGUACUAUGGUCUAGACAACGAAUUCCUUACUUGGGAAGAUAUUAGCCGAAGGAUGGGGUUGUCCAGAGAACGAGUGAGGCAGGUCGGGCUUGUUGCACUUGAGAAACUAAAACACGCUGCACGGAAGACAAAUCUUGAUGCUAUGCUAGUGGAGCAUUGAUUUUUGCUAUUGCGGGACUAGCUAGGCAAAUUUUGCCUGUAUAUACAAACCAUAGAUACAUAUUUAUACAUAUAUACAUUGUAUGUAAACACUUCAUAUCUAACGAUAAAACUUGGUUCCUUGUGCAGAAAAAGUUCAUACCAAGUGAUUAAGUGAAUACAGUUAUGUUUUCUAGUGAAAUGAUAUUUUGUUGAACUUCA